AUGCACUCUUUUAUCCUUGUCCCAAUAUUCACCAUUUUCUUCUGCUUUGUUGCUUUACCCGUCUCUUCGCAGUCUGGGCCAUCGUCAUGGACAACGCGUCCUUUUAGUCCACCAGCUAUUCCUCUUGCCGUGCGAUCGCCGUACUUGAACACUUGGCUUCCCCAAGGCGCUGGACCGACUCAGCUCAAUGUACACACUUGGCCGAAUUUCUGGAACAUUGAGAAUACAGUAACGAGCUGGUACGCACACGCCGUGGUCGAUGGCGUUGCCUAUCGCCUUGUUGGGGUGGCUGCGAAUCCCAAUGUUACUGUGGCUAAUCAGACUGCGAUCGAGUUCACCCCGACUCAAACAUUUGUUCAGUUUACUGCUGGCCCGAUGCAGAUGAAUGUAUCAUUUCUUAGCCCGAUUGAACCGACUGACCUCGUUCGACAAUCCCUCCCAUUCGCCUAUCUUUCAAUAUCGGCGGCAUCAACCGACGGGGGAGCACACUCUUUGCAAAUGUACUCAGACAUCUCGGGAGAGUUCAUAACCGGUGACACAAGUAAAGUUGCACAGUGGACAGCAGAUGAAAGCGGAGAUUACGUCGUACUCAGCAUGCAACUUCAGACGCAACAGCAAUUCUCUGAAAUUAAUAGCUUUGCACAGGACGCAACAGAAUAUUAUUCAUUUAAGCAUAUCGGCGGUACAACGACUACUUGGGCGAUUGCAAACGAUACGAUAAACCGCACGACUGCGGCUAGUUUAAUUGCCUCGCUUGGGAACCAGACAGACCCAACUCCUCGAGCUGUAAACACGACCGGAAACAAUCAGCCUGUUCUGGGUAUCGCAGUGGACUGGGGAACAAUAGAGUCGACACCAGAGCCUGCUGUUUGGGCGAUUGGUGUGGUACGGAGCCCGUCGAUACAGUACAAAACCGCAUCUGGAGCAAUUCAGAAUCGCUAUCCGUAUUUCUUAUCCAAAUACAGUGAUGCAUCAGAUGCGGCAAGGGCAUUCCUUGACGAUUUCCAACGUGCGCAAGAAGCAGCGGCUGCGCUUGACUCACAGAUAAUUACGGCUGGGGAGCAAAUUUCGUUAAUUUAUUCACACCUACUUUCUUUGACUGCGCGUCAGGUCAUGGCCAGUAUGGACAUUACACUUUCCAAGACUGGGAACGGCCAGUGGAACACGUCAGACGUUAAAAUUUUCAUGAAGAAUCUGGGAAGUGCUGGUUCUGACUCGAUGAGUGUAAAUGCUGUCGACAUUUUGUAUGCCGCUUUCCCCACGUUUAUCUAUCUCAACCCCGAGCUCGGAGGUUACCUGCUUUCUCCUCUAUUAGAGUACCAGGACUCAGAUGCAUAUACACUGUCGUUCGCCGCAAAGCACAUCGGUUCUGCUUACCCAAAUGCAACAGCAGAUGGAAUAAAUAAUGGGCAUAUAUACGGAGUGGAAGAAACUGCAAACAUGAUAAUAAUGGCGCUUGCAUAUACUCAAGCAUCAGGUAACAGGACCCUUCUGGAUAUGCAUUACACAAUGUUUCGGCGCUGGGCAGAGUAUUUGAUUCAAAAUUCACUGACACCAACAAAUCAAGCCUCGGCGGAUUUUUCUCCUCUCUCUUCCCUUUCAAAUGACAAUCAGACGAACACAGCAUUGAAGGGGAUAAUAGGUAUUGCAGCUAUGGCCAAGAUAGCCGAGAUUAUGAAUAUGAAUGACGACCAGGCAAACUAUAACAGCACGUCAGCAUCAUUUAUUACCCAAUGGAUGGACAGAGCACUUGCUCCGGAUCAGUCUCAUAUUAAUUUUUUCUACGAUAUGCCAAACACAAAUGGGAUGAUCUACAAUGUGUAUGCAGACAGGCUACUACAUCUUGAAUUUGUUCCAGAAAUCAUAUAUGACGUUCUGACCGAAUUUUAUCAAGCUACAUCCAGUACGUAA